AUGGGGUCUGGCCAAUUCUCAUUUCUGUUCUUUCUCUGUUUCUGUCAGCUUUCUUUUUCUUCAUCCAUACCUCAUUUGUGCCGUAAAGAUCAAAGCUACGCUCUUCUAGAAUUCAAGAGAACACUUAUCGUAGAUCCCUCAUUAGUUACGAGUAGUUCCUACUCUUAUACGAGUUCAUGGAAUAUGAGCAGAGAUUGUUGCUCAUGGGAUGGAGUCGUAUGCAAUGAGAUGACUGGCCAUGUCAUUGAACUUGAUCUCAGUUGCAACAGUCUUGUAGGAAAGGUUGAUUCCAAUAGCAGCCUCUUCCAACUCUCUCAUCUUCAAAGGCUCGACCUUUCUUCUAAUAACUUCUCUAAUUCUAACAUCUCGCCUGAAUUUGGCAGGUUCUCGAGCUUGACAUAUCUUGAUCUUUCUGACUCCUAUUUCUCAGGUCAAAAUCCUUCUGAAAUCUCUCACCUUUCCAAGUUACAAUCUCUUUAUUUCUCAGGAGAAAUGCUUAAAUUUGGACCUCACGAUUUUGAAAUGCUCCUUCAGAAUUUGACUCAAUUAAGAGAGCUUCAUCUUACUUCCAUAAACAUCUCUUCCACUAUUCCUCUGAAUUUUUCUUCUCAUUUAACAACUCUGAGGCUGGGAAAUACAGGAUUGCACGGGUUAAUACCCGAGAGUAUUUUUCACCUUCCCAAUCUGGAAACACUUGUCUUACAAAAUAAUGAUCAGCUAAGUGGUUAUUUUCCAAAGACGAAAUGGAUCAGCAGUGCAUCUCUCGUAGAGUUAGAUCUCAGUGGCGUGAAUUUUUCUUGUAAUUUGCCUGAGUCUAUCGGUUAUCUAACCUCACUGCAUUCUUUGUCUCUUAAAAAUUGCAACCUUCGAGGGCCUAUUCCUGAAUCUCUUUCGAAUCUCACACACAUAUUGGAUUUGGACCUUUCAGAUAACUCCCUAAAUGGAACAAUACCAUCAGGGAUGUUCUCUCUUCCGUCACUAAGUCUAAUCUGGAUUGAUUUAAGCAAUAAUCAGCUGCAAGGUCAUCUUCCCAAGUCGAUUCAAAACCUUGUGAACCUAACAGGCCUUGUUCUUUCUUUCAAUAAUUUUAAUGGUAAAUUGGAGUUUCUAAGAUCCGCAAAGCUUCUUUGGCAUUUGGAUCUUUCAAAUAAUAAGAUUGAAGGAAGAAUCCCAGAUUGGGCAUGGUCUAACUGGAUUAUUUCAUUGAAGAGUCUUAAUAUAAGAUUCUUCUUCAUAUCCCAUAAUAAUCUCAGUGGGGAGAUCCCUUCGUCUAUUUGCAAUUUGACGUCACUGGUAAUGCUAGAUUUGGCAGGAAACAACUUGAAGGGAGCAAUUCCGCAAUGUUUGAGUAAUAUCAGUGGCCUCGAAGUUCUGGAUAUGCACCACAACAGUCUUUCAGGGACUCUUCCAACGACUUUUAGAAUUGGAAGUGCCCUCAAAAGCUUCAACUUUCAUGGCAAUAAGCUGGAGGGGAAAAUCCCACAAUCCUUGAUCAACUGCAAACUACUCGAAGUUCUUGAUUUAGGAGACAAUCAUCUCAACGACACAUUCCCCGUGUGGUUGGGAACUCUGCCAAAGCUGAAAGUUCUAAGCUUGAGAUCCAAUAUAUUGCAUGGACCCAUUAGAACUCUAACAACUGAAAACAUGUUUCCUCAGCUUCAAAUAUUAGAUCUCUCCUCCAAUGCUUUCACAAAAAACAUACCACCGGGUUUGUUUCAACAUUUGAAAGCCAUGAGGACAAUUCAUCAAAUGAUGAACACACCAAGUGAUGAAGGAAGUCGAUAUUACCAAGACUCGAUAGCUGUCGUAUCCAAGGGAUAUGAGCGUGAAAUUGUGAGAAUCUUGUUUUUGUACAUCACUAUCGAUCUUUCAAACAACAAAUUCGAAGGACAUCUUCCAAGUAUUAUGGGAGAUCUUAUUGCACUCCGUGUGCUGAAUAUAUCUCAUAAUGGAUUGGAAGGUCAUAUGCCCCCAUCACUUGGAAGAUUAUGUUCAGUUGAAUCAUUGGACCUGUCAAGUAACCAUCUUGUAGGAGAGAUACCAGCACAAUUUGCUUCUCUUACAUCUCUUGAAGUCUUAAAUCUCUCCUACAAUCAUCUCGAAGGAUGCAUUCCUCAAGGAAAUCAAUUUCAUACCUUUGAGAACAAUUCAUAUGAAGGCAAUGAUGGAUUACGUGGAUUUCCCUUUACAAAAGGUUGUGGCAAUGAUCGUGUAUCAGGGACAAAUUAUGCCAUAUCUGGACAGCUAGACGAUGAAGAGAGCAAUUCUGAAUUUCUGCGUGAUUUUUGGAAAGGUGCUCUUAUGGGCUAUGGAAGUGGACUAUGUAUUGGAUUAUCCAUAAUAUAUUUCAUGAUUUCAACUGGAAACCUGAAAUGGCCUGCAAGAAUCAUUGAAGAGCUGGAGCACAAAAUUAUGAUGGGAAGGAGAAAGACGCAGCGAAAGCAAAGGCUCUUCUGCAUUUCCAUUUGUUUUUCUUCUGUUUUUGGUCUAACAUUGUGA